AUGAUAUCCUCUUCCUAUUUUUCAGUAAUUUUUCUGACCCUGGUUUCUAUGGCGUUGUGCCAAAAUUCAGCGAACUCGUCUAAUUCUCAGAACCCCCCGAAUAUAGUUUGUCAGUUGUGCACAAGUGGCCUCUACCUGGUUCAGUCUCAAUUGCUUGUGCUGGAAAAUGAAGUUAAAAACAAUCUAAAGCCAUUUAUUACUAACGUUUGUCAAUCAGCUCCAACAGGAAUACCAAUAGUGAAAGCUUUAUGUGAUGUGCUCAAAGAUGAUCUCUUGGAUGCCAUUUUAACUUUGAUCAAUGGAAUUAGAGAGCAAGCUGAUCCGAAUACCGUAUGCAAAUAUAUACGCAAUUGUGGAAGUGAUAACAACGAAGAUAACAAGAAAUAUUAUUUGUAA